CAAAAUCGCCUCACAUGAUUCACUGACACUGACUACGACAACUCCCGCCCCGUUGGUUGGAUCGCGCCAAGGGCUUCCAAUUGUCGGCACUUCCAUCUCCACGCCGUUGGAAGGAAGAGAAUCCGUUCACGGAAAUUCGAUCAAACCAAUGGCUCAUCUUCACCUCCAUAUAAUUACACAACCAUCCCUCAUGCCUUCCAUCUUUUGCUCAAAUGCCCACCAAAAACCCUAAUCUGCUUUCUCUCUUCUUCUCCCUCAUCAUGGCAGCAGCCACCGGUCUCUGCCCUGAUUCCGGCCCUGUAAAACCCUCCACGCCUCUAAUUUCCUUCCUCGAACGCUUACAGGCGACCGCCCUCCGGACGCUGGGUCCGACCGGCUUUGAUCCGAAGCUCUACGUUGAUCUGCCACUGAAAUUUGAUCUGGCCACCACCGAAGCUGCAUUCUCGAAGCUUCCGCGAUCGGAGAACGGAUCGGUCUCGGUUAGGUACCUGGAAGGGUUUCUUGGGAAGUAUAUGGGCGUGGCCGGGAGCGAUCUGGUGGCGGCGGAGCCGGGGGAUUUUGUUCCAGUGCCGGAGGGGUUCUUGCCGAAGGUGGAGAGUCCGGAGGUACGGGCAUGGGCUUUGGAGGUGCAUUCUUUGUGGAAGAAUUUGAGUAGGAAGGUUUCGGAGGAGAUUCUGGAGAAGAGGGAUUUGCAUACUCUGCUUCCACUGCCUGAGCGGGUCAUUAUUCCAGGGUCACGUUUUCGAGAGGUUUAUUACUGGGAUUCUUACUGGGUUAUCAGGGGCUUGCUAGCGAGCAAAAUGUAUGACACUGCCAAAGCGAUUGUGAAUAACCUUAUCUCACUCUUAGAUGAGUAUGGCUAUGUCUUGAACGGUGCAAGGACCUAUUACACUAAUAGGAGCCAACCACCGCUCCUUAGUUCAAUGAUAUCAGAGAUAUAUAAGAAGACAGGCGAUGUGGCACUCGUAAAAAGAGCAUUGCCAUCACUACUCAAGGAACACCACUUCUGGAAUUCAGGAAUUCAUAAAGUGAACCUACAGGAUGCUGAAGGAUGCAAUCACUCUAUGAGUCGAUAUUAUGCAAUGUGGAACAAACCAAGGCCAGAAUCUGCAACUAUUGAUGAAGCAUUUGCUUCCAGACUUUCAAGUGCUUCGGAAAAGGAACAUCUUUAUCGUCAACUGGCUUCAACUGCUGAAUCUGGAUGGGAUUUCAGUUCACGGUGGAUGAGGAACUCACCUGACAUUACAACAUUGGCCACAACUUCAAUUAUUCCUGUGGACCUGAAUGCAUACAUACUUAAGAUGGAGCUUGACAUGGCCUUCUUUGCAAGAGUCGUUGGGGAGAACUCCAUUGCUGAAAAGUUCUCAGCAGCUUCGAAAGCUCGGCAUGCGUCGAUGAACUCCAUCUUUUGGAAUGCCGAGAUGAAACAAUGGCUUGAUUACUGGGUUGGGAAUGACAGUGAAUGCAAGGAAACUCACAGGUGGGAAGGGCAUAAUCAAAAUCAAAACAUUUUUGCAUCAAACUUCAUUCCUUUGUGGAUUGACUUAUUUAGCUCAGAUGGUGCCGUCGUGACGAAAGUUGUCGAAGGUCUCCAAAGCUCUGGCCUGCUUCAAGCUGCUGGAAUCGCGACGUCGUUAUCAAAUUCAGGACAACAAUGGGACUUUCCAAAUGGUUGGCCUCCAUUGCAGCAUAUGAUUGUUGAAGGUCUGGCAAAAUCUGGAUUAAAAGAAGCAAAGACAUUGGCGGAAGAUAUUGUUGUGAGGUGGAUCCAAACAAAUUAUGCUGCUUACAAGAAUACUGGCAAAAUGCAUGAGAAAUAUGAUGUGGAGGUUUGUGGAGGGACUGGAGGGGGUGGUGAAUACGUGCCUCAGACGGGCUUUGGCUGGUCAAAUGGAGUGGUGUUGGCAUUCUUGGACGAGUUCGGGUGGCCUCGAGACCGAAAAAUUGACUGCCAGUGAGCUGAAGUUUUCUAAUGAGCAUGGAUCUGAUAGCUUAUUAGUAAAUUCAUGCCCCUUAUAGCUUGGCAACAAGUUACCUGUCAUUGCCAUUACUGUUUGCUGCUCUCCCAGACCUCAUUUUUCAUACCCGCUCAUAUGGGAUGGCCGCAGAGUAGAUGAAAUAAACCAUUGUGAGAGGAAAUGUAACUUGUAAUUGAUUUGAGUUCAUCAUUUAAGCUUAUCCCAGCUAAUUGGGGUUGAUC